CGUACCGGCAAGCCACAAUAGUUGCCGGAAUGGGUUCACUCGCUGUUAGACUGUGGACGGUUUUGCUGCUGCUCACCACGGCAGCCAGCGGGCAGCAAACGCCUGCGCAAAGUAGAUGCGUGUCGCAAGCGGGAGCGAUCCUGGCCGCACCGCCCAUCCACUGUCAGCCGUUAAAGGCGUGCGACGAAGAAGCCAUCUUGAAGCCCUACCUCGCCCUCUACGAGCAGUGCCGCAUUAAUGCGUCCGAGCGCGCCAACCUGCGCGAUAACUUCCUGUUCCGCCUGAACCACUGGCAGGACGAUCAUCCCUAUCUGCUCGAAACGGUCGCGAAGGCGUACGAGCCGCUCAAGGGCGUGCUGGAGUCGGAGCAGGAUGCGCAACGAAGCCUCCAGCUGGUGCCCGAGCUGCAGCGCAAGCAGCUCAUCUACAGCAUCGAGGCGGGCCGGCUCGAGGACGCCCACAUCCUGCACAUGACGCUCAAGGGCCAGUGGAAGCCGGACCAAAUCGUGUCGGCCAUCAGGGACGGCUACCACGUCAACCCGACGAUCAUGGAGCAUCUGCUCGAGUUCGUCCGCGCCAUCCCGGUGCGGAAGGAGCGGGCCGCCUACUACAAAGCGAUCCUGCCGGUCAUUCGCAACUUCAAGCUGACCCUGACGUACGUGACGCUCCUGUUCGCGGGCGAUGCGACCGGCGUGUUUGACACGCAGAAGGACCGGGAUGACUACAUCUCGCAACCGCUCACCGUGUUCGUGCACAUGCUGCGCUGGCAGCUGGCGAACCUCAAGUUCGAGUUCCACCUGUCGCUGGCGGAGCGCUUCCCCCGCCACUACACGCUGUACAUCGAGACAAUCUUCUUCUUUACGCCCCCGCAGUGGCAAAAGGCGGAGAAGCGCCGGCUGUUCGAGAUCGCGGGUCUGUUCAAGGCGAAGGGGCACCGGUUUGCGGCGAUCGAGCAGCUGCUGAAGUGGGCGCACCAGUACGCACCGGUGCGCGGGGGCAAGGCCCACCUGGAGGAAAUACUGCCCACGCUGGCGCUCGAAACGGAGAAGCUGCGGCGCACGGUCGAGCAGACGGGCAAGAGCGCAGCGGAGCUGGUGCGGCUCAAGAAGCUGGAGGAAGGAUUUGUCAGCAAGAAGGAUCGCUGGAACACGAACACCUACCGCACGUACCUGCACAUGAUCAAGACGAGGGGUAAGUUCGGCCAGCAUAGGAUGGAAAUGGAGCGCAAGGGUUAAUGCGAGGCGAUGGAAGAAAUACAAGUCGUUCGGUGAGCGCAGUCACCAAACAAGCAUAA